AGAAAGAUGUCGCUGACAGACAGAAAGAUGGAGGCUGUACUCUCCGCGGCGGUUGCCCUCUGUUUCCUGCUCACACCCGGUGUGCAUGGAGACAGCUUAACGAUUCUGCAGUCUCCAGAGUUUGUGUCCUUCCAGAAAGGAGACUGGCCCGUCUCUGGGGAGAAGAUCCCUGACCUGGUGGCUCUGACCAUGGGCUUCUCCGUUCAAGAGGACCUGUCGUGGCCGGGCCUUCAGGCCGGCCCGUUGUUCCAGCGUCCCCGCGCCAACGUCCUGGUGGUGGUGAGGGGCGUGGACAGCCUGGCGCUGCCCCACAGCGUGGCCUCCUACCCCCUGGAGAACCCGGUACCCUUCACCUUGGAUAGCGUUGCAGAGACGAUUCACUCUCUUUUUGCCGAGGACACCCCUGUGGUGCUGCAGCUGGCCCUCAGUGAGGAGAGGUUGUACAUGCUGGGCAAGGCCAACGCUGUGUUCGAGGACCUCCCCGUCACCCUGCAGCAGAUCCGUGCCCGUCUGUCCCAGGACGGCUCUGUGCUGUCCUCCCUGCCACUCAACUCCCUCAGCAGGAAUGCAGAGGCUGAUUUGCUCUUCCUGUCUGAGGUCCAGGUCCUGCACGACAUCACAGCUCUGCUGCAGAGACACAGACACCUGGCGAAGGACCACUCGCCUGACCUGUAUUCUCUGGAGCUGUCUGGUCUGGAGGAGCUCAGCCGGCUCUACGGCCACGACUCCCCCCAGUACCGCGACGCCACCGCCAUCCUCGCCUCCGUCCUGCAGAAAUUUGGAGAGGAUGUGUAUGGUCUCUAUGGCAACAGCGCCGUGGUGGAGGUCGUCACGGUGAAGACCUUCCAGGCUCCUUUGACCAGGAGGUCCCGAUCGAUCCUGGAGUCCAAACAGAUCAGCAACCCCGGCAACCCUUACAACCUGGCCUACAAGUACAACUUCCAGUACGCCGUGAUCUUCAACAUCGUGCUGUGGCUGAUGAUCGCUCUGGCGCUCGCCGUCAUCGUCGUGUCCUACAACCUGUGGAACAUGGACCCGGGCUACGACAGCAUCAUCUACAGGAUGACCAACCAGAAGAUCCGGACGGACUAAGUCCUCCGCGUGUCCCUCUGGAUCCCUCUCGUGAAUGUUUGUGUUUUGUGUGAGGUCUCGUUUAGUGGGGGGGGGGACAAACUGUGACAGCUUGAUGGGAGGAAGUGGCGUAAUGCUGAGUCACCUCUUUGUUUACAUAGCUGGCAGGAUUACGGGAAAAAUAAAUCCACUUUUCAUUAGUGGUUACAUGAAGCGGUUUGAUAUCCUCCACUGAUAUAUACGCCGAAGCAUUCAGACUUCCUCCCUUCAACCCCGGCUCACAUCAUUCCUUAAGACUUAAACUCCUCACCAACUACGUUUCAUUUGUUUCCCCGGUGAUUGCAACUGUAUUUUUAUUGUAAAAAUAAUAUUGUAAUAUGAAAGAAUGAGUCUGGUUCGUGUGUGAAAUUGCCGUGCUGGUCUUGCCGUGUGAAAUGUUUUAAGUUAAAUAAAGUCUGUGUAUAUAUUGAAUAUACAAAUGCAACUAAGAGAAAAGUUCUGCGCUCUUAAUGUGAAAUCAUUUGGGCAGUGUUUAGUCCCCGCUGGGUUUUCACCAAACGCUGAAUACAUAUUGGAUUCCAUGAAUAGUUGAUCAUUGUGUAGUUAGGAUUGGACAAGAAUAAAUGAGGCUCUGUAAAUUGCAAUAAUAUGCUUGACAAUAAAUUAUUAAAUGUAUCACCCCGA